CGGCGGGAGGCUUGUGUGUCGUUGCUGGUUGGGGUUACGGGGGAAGGCGUGAAGGAGAAGCAGCAGCGGGCGGGGGACCGGCCUCCGCUGCCGUCCCCGCGGGGUGGCCGUCUCUGGGCGCCGGCUCCAGGGCCUGCUCCCGGCCUCCCUUCCGUGUGGCCCGGGGCUUCGGCGCGGCUCUGGGAAACAGCGGGAUUUCGCGCCGGGGCCAAGCCUCCUGUGUUCCCUCUUCCCCUGACAGACUUCCGUCCCUGGCCCCGGGGAGUUUCGUCUCCUCUUUCCCCAACACAUGUUUUGGGCUCGUUUUAAAGGUCCAGACUACUUGAGUGAACCAACCUUCAGGAACAUUCCAUUCUUUCGUUUAUCCCAGUGCUUACAAUCUGAGUACAAAAUUGGAUUGCCACCAGUUGGCCACGGCUGAGGAAGUGCACUUGGGUCCUGACACAAAUGCAUCAGUCAGGAGAAAGAGCCAGCUUCUCAGGUGUCUUCAGAGAAGGCCAGACUGACAGCUGUGGUCACCCAUUGCAGUGCUAACAGCAGAUUUCAUGGGCUGCAAGUGCUGGUUGAUACCUCAUCCGAGUAAACCUUUUCCCAUUCUCUUAAGAGCAUUUCUCUGGUUGUAGCUGGCUCUCUGUUCUGAGAGGGAGUGCUAGAAUUAUUCCAUCAUGCCCACUGUGGUGGUAAUGGAUGUGUCCCUUUCCAUGACCCGACCUGUGUCUGUCGAGGGCUCUGAGGAAUACCAGCGGAAGCACCUGGCUGCCCACGGCUUGACAAUGCUAUUUGAACACAUGGCCACAAACUACAAGCUUGAAUUUACAGCACUGGUGGUUUUUUCAUCACUCUGGGAGCUGAUGGUCCCCUUCACAAGAGAUUACAACACCCUACAGGAAGCACUGAGUAACAUGGAUGAUUAUGACAAAACCUGCUUGGAGUCUGCCUUAGUUGGUGUUUGCAAUAUUGUCCAGCAAGAAUGGGGUGGAGCAAUUCCUUGCCAGGUUGUUCUGGUGACUGAUGGCUGUCUUGGCAUUGGCAGAGGGUCACUGCGACAUUCCCUAGCUACUCAGAAUCAAAGAAGUGAGAGCAACAGAUUUCCACUCCCCUUUCCUUUCCCAUCUAAGUUGUAUGUCAUGUGCAUGGCAAACUUGGAGGAGCUUCAGAGCACUGAUUCCUUGGAAUGCCUUGAACGACUCAUAGACUUAAACAAUGGUGAAGGGCAAAUUUUUACUAUUGAUGGCCCCCUGUGUUUGAAAAAUGUACAGUCUAUGUUUGGGAAACUGAUAGAUCUGGCGUAUACGCCUUUCCAUGCUGUUCUCAAGUGUGGCCACCUAACAGCUGAUGUACAAGUCUUCCCCAGGCCAGAGCCUUUUGUUAUAGAUGAAGAAAUUGAUCCUAUCCCUAAAGUCAUUAACACAGAUUUGGAAAUAGUGGGCUUUAUUGAUAUAGCUGAUAUUUCCAGCCCCCCAGUUUUGUCCAGGCAUUUGGUCUUGCCCAUAGCACUUAACAAAGAAGGUGACGAGGUGGGUACUGGCAUCACUGAUGACAAUGAAGAUGAAAAUUCAGCCAAUCAGAUCGCUGGCAAAAUACCCAACUUCUGUGUGCUGCUCCAUGGUAGCCUGAAAGUGGAAGGGAUGGUGGCGAUUGUACAACUAGGUCCUGAGUGGCAUGGGAUGCUCUACUCACAGGCUGACAGCAAGAAGAAGUCAAACCUCAUGAUGUCUCUCUUCGAGCCUGGCCCAGAGCCUCUCCCGUGGCUGGGGAAAAUGGCACAGUUGGGCCCCAUUUCAGAUGCUAAAGAAAACCCUUAUGGGGAGGACGACAACAAGAGCCCAUUCCCCCUACAGCCCAAAAACAAACGCAGUUAUGCCCAGAAUGUGACUGUCUGGAUCAAACCCAGCGGCCUGCAGACAGAUGUACAGAAGAUCUUAAGAAAUGCAAGGAAGCUCCCUGAAAAAACACAGACAUUCUAUAAGGAGCUGAACAGGUUACGAAAAGCUGCCCUAGCCUUUGGUUUCCUGGACCUGCUUAAAGGGGUGGCCGACAUGCUGGAGAGGGAGUGCACGCUGCUGCCUGACACAGCCCACCCGGAUGCAGCAUUCCAGCUCACCCACGCUGCCCAGCAGCUCAAGCUGGCCAGCACCGGCACCUCUGAGUAUGCUGCCUACGACCACAACAUCACACCCCUGCACACAGACUUCUCAGGGAGCAGCACUGAGCGACUGUGACGCUGACCUCUGGAGCUUCCCUUCGCUGUUCAUUUUGUCUGAAAACGAUUGAGUUCAAACCUUUCCAGCCCAUUCAGCUCCAGAUAGCCACCCACCGACCUUGAGCUGUCUCAGAAGCAGCACUCCAACUGGAAUGCCUCUACUGCAGUCUGAGAAAGGUCGGAAGGCUGGUUGUCUAGGGCUUUAACACUAGCUGUAUGGGGCUCAGUCUUGAAGUCCAAAACAGCUUUUGUUCCAUGUUGAGCACAGCUCCUGAGAAGCUUGGACAGAUGAGGACAGAGCUCUGCUGCUGCCCUCAAGAAGCCUGCCCAGCAAGGGCCUUCCCCAAUCCAGAAAGCAACUUUUUUACAGGUUUAUGUCUCAAUUAUAAGGACAUUCUUAAACUACUGUGCUUAGAGUGAGCAAUCCAGACAUCCAGAACGUGCCUGAGUACAAACUUGAUGCCAGUGAGGUUCAGAUUUUUUAGAACUUGUUAAAAUACAGUGGCCAUGCUCAGGUGUCUCAAGGUACAAUUUUUAGACAGUAACCACACGUGUAAAAUCACUCCUGUUCGUGUUUUUAAAUGAAAAUUAAAUAUUUGAUUUUCUAUAAAAUGAUUUCAUCUAGAAACAUGUUGUUUUGCUCUAUCUUAUCCCUUGAAUAUAAUUCAGCUUCCAAAAUGUCAGCUUCCUAAGUUCUGACAUUUCUUGGGUUCCAUAUUAACUUCCUAGUUUUUGACAUCAAGGUUUGUACCUCAGCAGGGUUCUGGCCAGUGGUUCUGAGAGAGCACUGACAGAAGAGUCUGGCUUCCAAAAGCAGUGUCUGCAGGGCCGCCCUGCCACUCUGUGACGACUGCCAUCAGCCCUCCCUCGGGUGGGCUCCAUCCAGUCACUGCUCGCGGUGUGUCGUGCUGAAGUGCUAUGCAAUACUUUGUCUACACAAAGACUUUAUCCAUUUGAAAACCACGAGACUAAAUAAUCUUUAAACACAAAUGAUUAGGAUUUUGACUGUAAAUGUUUUAAUAGAAAUACACAAUCUUUCACUUUCUCAGACAGCAACAGAGGGGAUGCUAACAGCAACUAGAGCAUGGGAUUGCACAAGGCUGCGGCACAGCUGACUGCAGAGCUGACCUGCCCGGUCGGUGCCACAGUCAGUGGAAGGAACGCCGAGGGCAACACCAGCAAACGUGGACGGCAGCUGCAGACUUGGAAAUGCUCUUCCUUGAGAUGAGGUGUGUCAGCCCAGACAGUGAAAGGCUAAUCCAAUUUGGGCUCACUGAGACAACACAAGUCUCCUUUCCCAGGGAGCAGUAGGAGUGGCAGAUCUGAUGUUCCACCCUUCAGCUCCUGCUUCUGGCGUUACCUCCGCACUCCAGUUUCCAUGGAAUGUGGUAGGGAGACUGUAGAUGUCUUGUACCAUGACCAACCCUAAGGUCUGUAUUUUGUUCAGGCCCCCUUUUGGGGGGUUUCCUGCAGGAAUCCUGGUUAUUUCCCAGCUCAAGUUCCUACUGCACACAAGUUAAAAACAAACAAACAAACAAAAAACCAGGAGUUUGAAGUUCAAAAAAAUAGUCUCACUGAUCACUCAGAGAAACACACAAGGAAAUGGACUGAGCUAGUCCAGAGUUGUGGACUGACUGUGUGCACUGCCCAAGACAGCUCGUGGUGUGUCUGGCCUACUCCAGUGUUUGCGUUUGCCACAGGCUCCUCCGCAACAGCUGGCCGCUGUCUAGCUCCCAGUCUGUGUCCCCUUCCGACCCCUGUAGCCACUCAUUCACAUUUGGAACUUAUAAUAUCAAGUGUUUCCAAGUAAUGCUCCCUCUUUCUCCAGUGUUGCAGACAGUUCUGAUUAGCUAGGAAUGAAGUAUCCGUGGUGUCCCAGGUUCUGACUGCUUUCUUUAAAUCACUCUGCCUCUUUGAUGCCCAUGCUGGUAAGUGCUGUAGAAUGAAUGUCUUUAAGCCAAAAGACAUCAAAUACAAAGUGUUCUCCAGCCCUACUCUGACUCAAAAAUGUUUAAUCAAUGACCAAGUUUACCUGAUUUUCAAAAAGUCAGUUCUACCCCCUACACAAGUAACUUGAGUAUAAUAUAUAUUAGGUUCUGCCUGGGUCACUUUUGACAAUCUUCAAUGGAGAAGUGUAGUCUUGUGUUUUUUGUUUCUCACAAGCAAUAGCAGAAAUACCAAGUCCUAACUGUAAAGACAGACAGACCUGUGGGGAAGAGCAGACUGUCAUGAGAGGGUGCAGGGCCAGUCUAGCUGUCAUUAAUACAUGAGAACGAACCUGGUGUCAGAUGUCAGAAAUCCAUGUCAUGCAAGUACAACACUAAGAGAAAAUACAGUAAAUUCAGGAAUGUUACUGGGGAAAGGAGAUAGCCUUACUUUAAAAAAAAAAAAAUAACUUUUACAUCAG